UGCCUGCCGCCCAGGGAAACAGAGCUGCUGGGGUGAAUUCCUCUUUCUGUGGAUCUCAAGUAGCGGGAUGGAAGGACUCUAACUGACAGAGAGACAGAUAGCUCACCCUUUCAGCAUGGAGACCGUUCCGGUUGACGGGGAACUUGAUAAAAAUUCACAUCAUGGUGAUAACAGAGACUCUCAUGGACCAUCAACAGCGGUAACAAACACUGAUGAAUCACAGCUUUUAACUCCAGGAAAAAUGAGCCAGCGCCAGGGGAAAGAAGCCUAUUUUACUCCAACCAAAGAGUUACUCCAACCUUCUCUCAGCCCAGGAACUGCCCACAGCCAUGGUUUUGACAAAGGGAAGGACGAUGUGUCACAAAGCAAAGAGGAUACAGCCCAUUCUAUGUCAAAAAGCAAGUCUGAAUCCAAGCUUUUUAAUGGCUCUGAGAAGGACAUCUCUUUAUCUUCAAGCAAACUUACAAAAAAAGAAUCUCUCAAGGUUCAAAAGAAAAAUUACAGAGAAGAAAAGAAGAGAGCUACAAAAGAAUUACUUAGCACUAUCACAGACCCAUCAGUUAUUGUUAUGGCUGACUGGUUGAAGAUUCGUGGUACUUUGAAAAGCUGGACCAAACUGUGGUGUGUACUGAAACCAGGAGUGUUGCUUGUUUACAAAACCCCCAAAAACGGCCAAUGGGUAGGAACAGUGCUCCUGAACGCUUGUGAACUCAUUGAGAGGCCUUCUAAAAAAGAUGGCUUUUGUUUCAAACUUUUUCAUCCUUUGGAGCAGUCCAUAUGGGCUAUAAAGGGUCCCAAGGGUGAAGCAGUUGGUUCCAUAACUCAGCCGUUGCCCAGCAGUUAUUUGAUCAUCCGAGCGGCUUCAGAAUCAGAUGGCAGGUGUUGGAUGGAUGCUUUGGAGCUGGCACUGAAAUGUUCAAGUCUACUUAAACGUACAAUGGUUAGAGAAGGUAAAGAACACGAUUUGAACUCUUCAGCAGACAAUACUCAUGUCUCUUUCUAUGGUCUGCUUCGUGCUAACAACUUGCACAGUGGAGAAAACUUACCGUUAAAUGACAGUGAAAUUGACAGGCAUCACUUUAAGGAUCAAGAUAUGUACUCUGACAAAUCUGAUAAGGAAAAUGACCAUGACCACGAGGAAUCUGAUAAUGAUGGAUUGGGGAAAAGCGAAGAAAGUGACAGCGACACGUCAGAGCGACAGGAUGAUUCUUACAUUGAUCCAGAACCAAUUGAUAUCAAGGAAACUACUUACUUAGAACAAAGUCAUGAAGAACUUGGGGAGGCAGGGGAAGCUGCUCAGACAGAAGUAGUGUCAGAAGAAAACAAAAGUCUAAUCUGGACACUGCUGAAGCAAGUCCGGCCAGGAAUGGACUUGUCCAAGGUUGUACUGCCUACAUUUAUCUUGGAACCUCGUUCUUUCCUGGACAAGCUAUCUGAUUACUACUACCAUGCAGACUUUCUGUCUGAAGCUGCUCUUGAGGAGAAUGCUUACAACCGCAUGAAAAAAGUAGUGAAGUGGUAUUUGUCAGGAUUCUACAAAAAGCCAAAGGGACUAAAAAAGCCGUACAAUCCUAUACUUGGUGAGACUUUCCGCUGCAUGUGGAUUCAUCCAAGGACGAACAGCAAGACUUUUUACAUUGCGGAACAGGUGUCCCAUCAUCCUCCAAUAUCUGCCUUCUACGUUAGCAACCGCAAGGAUGGUUUUUGCCUUAGUGGUAGCAUUCUGGCCAAAUCCAAAUUCUACGGGAAUUCAUUAUCUGCCAUAUUAGAUGGAGAAGGACGGCUGACAUUCCUAAAUAGGGGAGAAGAUUAUGUAAUGACAAUGCCAUAUGCUCAUUGUAAAGGAAUUCUUUAUGGCACAAUGACCUUAGAGCUUGGGGGAACAGUCAACAUCACCUGUGAGAAAACUGGCUACAGUGCAACAAUUGAAUUCAAACUCAAGCCUUUUUUGGGUAACAAUGACAGUGUUAACCAAAUAUCAGGGAAAAUUAAGCUUGGCAAAGAAGUUUUGGCUAUUUUGGAGGGUCACUGGGACAGUGAAGUUACUAUUAGUGACAAGAAGACAGAUGUUUCAGAGACGUUCUGGAACCCAACAUCUGAUAUCAAGCAGCGUAGAUUACUUAGAUACACGGUGAAGUUUGAAGAGCAAGAUGACUUUGAGUCAGAGAAGCUUUGGCAACAAGUGACAAGAGCAAUAAAUAAUAAAGACCAAACAGAAGCUACUCAAGAGAAAUGUGUUCUGGAAGAAGCUCAGAGAAAGAGAGCCAAAGAGAGGAAACUGAAGGGUGAAGAAUGGACGUGCAAGCUGUUCGAUCAGGAUCCCGUCACCGGAGAAUGGCACUACAAAUAUGCUGAUACCAGACCAUGGGACCCUUUGAAUGAUAUGAUCCAAUUUGAAAAAGAUGGCACUAUCCAAACGAAAGUUCGACACCGGACGCCAAUGGUUAGUGUUCCAAAAAUCAAACGUAAGCCAGCCAGUCAGAAGAAAGGAGAGUGUGGUUUCUCAUCGCCAGAGCCUGAUAACCAGGAUUCCUCUGGGAGUGAAGCGCAACUUCUGAAGCAUAAUACAAGAAUAAGGAAAAAAGGGACAGACCUUGGUGAACUGCAGAGUGCCAUUGAAUCUAUAAAGGAAACACAAGAAGACAUUAAGAGGGACAUUAUGGCUCUACGAAACAGAGUCGCUUCUAAUUCACCACCCGUGGACUACCAUUUCUUGCAGUUUAAGCACUAUGUCUUCAUUUUACUCGUGGUUCUGCUGCAGCUUAUCAUUAAUUUCUUGUUCAAAUAGGAAGCGUGAACAAGGGCCUUUCUGAACUGGAACGAUCAAACUGUUACUGGGGACCAUAUUUUAAGUUGGACUUUAAAUGAUGCAAUAUUAUUUCAAGGAGCCCUCCCUGUAGCAACAACUCACAGAACUUUGCCUCGGCGCCCAUGGUUCAGAAUCAUACUCCUGUCUACCCAGUUGAAGUAAGAAUUGUCUAAGUGCCAGUACACUCUUGCUCCUGGUGUGUGCCUCUGUCUCACAGACAUUCGACGUCAGCCUUGUGUUUUAUAUUGCGUCACACGCUGUACUGAUGAGUCUGCACCACGGAAUAGAUGAAGUGAACAAUUCGGAGGUCAGACCCCGUAGGUAGAAUGUGAUUCCCUGUUACGGUAGAAUGAUAAACGAGCAUACUUUGUUACAUUUAUACUUGCUGGUUUUGUAACAAAGGAACUUCUGAAGCAGCCAACAGUUUUUUUUGUAAAUGGCGUUGGGUGUUUGGAAGUUAAAUUUUGUUUAAGGUCAAACAAAUACAUUAUUAUACAAAGAUCAUGACCGUUAGGAACUGGCAAGUAAAAAGCUGGAGUCCUUGGGAAUUCUGCAAUGUAAUGUCCUUGUCUUGUUUUGGAAGCAUGAGUUUUUAUCCUGAAUUACUAUAGUGGCUUGUAAGCCAGCUGUUUUAUUUUUAUAGUUUUAAAACUUCAGAUUCUUCAUAAAAACAUUCCUGCAUCUACUGUACAGAGCACAUUUUUAACAGUACAGCACCGGAGAAGAUACUGUCUUGGUGAACUCUCUCUUGUGAAUUGCAAAUGUCAAGGUUUUAGAGUAUGUUUGUAAGUCUUGAUAAAUCUAUAGCCUUGAAUUUACAUUUGUGUAUGGCCAGGUCACGGUAAGCAGACAGACUGCUGAUGCCAGGACUCUUUUCUUAUUUUUGAAACAAAAUGUGAAGAUGCAAAUGUGUGCUUAGUGUGUAGCUUGAGUUGAACCUUCCAAAAGGCAGAUGAUGUAGAACAGAAUUCGGGCACCGUCAUGAGUUCACUUGCAAAUGAAAACAUGCAUGUUUACACGGGGAAAGUCAUCAGAAAUUGUGAGAUAACUAACAUCACCACACACAUCAAAACAAAUGAGAGUGAAACCCUAAGUCUCUGUUAAAUUCCAACUUACUGCAGUAUAUACUACCUAUUAGUACACAUGGAUGCUCCUAUUCAUUAUGCUGUAGCCAUAUAAAUCAAUAUGAAGCUUAAGUUUCAAUUUAAAACCAGGGUUUCUAACAUCUUUAUUUGAACAAAUGUAUGCAUGUGUAGAACUUGUAAAAUUCCAGCAAAAAAAAAAUAUGUAGUGCCAGUGUUUAGCUGGUGAAUUCCUGAUGCCAGCCAGGUGUACAAAGUCAGAAAGGGGCUGUAGUAUUGUAAAGGUACUCUCAGUAACCCAGGUGAGACAACAGGAGGAUGAGCAGCACGAUGCAAAGGGCAGCCAAGUUUGUUUUCUGAGGAUCCUCUCAGAAAUCAAAUUCAUCCCGGGCCAUGGGACAGUUCAAAGGUCACUCUUGGCUUUUUGCCAUGGCCCAGUUGUCCCUCUGCCCCGGGCAGCCUCCCUGACUCACCAGGUGAUCCACCUUUCUGUUCUGCAUCAGUCUCACCCAGCCUUUAGUGAAAAUACUAUUUACUUGUUGUCUGUCAGUCUAGCUCAUAUAUUCCUGUGGCUGCCAUCUUCACACACCUCCCCUUCUCUUUUACCUUGCCCCUUCUUUGGGUCUCAGCUCGGUAAAAGUUUCUUGCUUAAGGAGUCAACUUCAGCUUAUUUCUUACAGCUUCCUAUUAGCAUAGUUUGGUCUUGAAUCAUUUUCUGGAAUGUGGUACCAGAGUGAUCCUGUAUACGUUGGCAAGACCAAACUUGAUUGGACCGCUAUUAUAUUUUAGAGCUGAUGAGGUAAAAUUGGUCAAUAUAGAAAGUCCCUCGCUAUAGGAAAAAAAAAAAAAGGUUAAAAAAAAUUCCCUGAUUUAAGUCUCUAAAUAGAAACUGAAGUUGUUAGCCAUGUAUAAAAUAGCAUAAAGCAAGUAAAUAUAAUAGCAUUAAUUUAAUGUUCUCAGCCUGGAAUUUGGCUAUUCGUUAUCACAUUCGGCUGUCAAAGCUUCACCUGUCUUAAGACCCAUUACAAGCCUUUAAGCAUACUCUGUGCAUGGGAGUAAAGAGGAAAUGAGGGAGAAUUUGGGCAAUAAUUUCAAUCUCCUAAAAUAAUACUCUGCUAAAUUUGUGGUGCUGAAACUCUUGACUGAUAGUUGCAAGCUUUUAUCUGCCUUGUAAAUAGAAACGUCCUCCUGCCCUUUUAUGUUGAUUUUUUUUUUUUUUUUUAAUCGCUUCUAUUCAAGAUCAGUUACUGACACAGUCUGCAUGUAUUGUUACCCGGCCUGCAGGGUGGCACAUGUGGAUCUGACCCGGCCAGCUGGCUGGCAGUGCCGCCUUGGGCGAUGUCCGACCAAAGGGAUGCUCCACGUCUGAAAUUCACGCUGUAAAAGGGGCUUUAGUGGUGGUCCAGGAAGGUAAUAUGGGAAGAGAUAUGAUGAAACUUUUUCAAAAAGUUCUGCCUGACUGUACAAUUAGAUAAAUUGUAAAAAGUACAGUGAAAACUUAGUAAUUCCUAAUUUUGCUGGGUUUUGUAUCAUGUUCCCUCAUGGGAAUAGAACAAAGAAACUUCUUGUGUGAUUUUUAGUUUGGCUGGUCACAGGCAUGUAUGAAGCCUUUUCUUUAGCGCAUCCCCACUGUCCUGUUUAAUCAUAUGUAGCUGAUCUUGAAUAUUAUGCACUUAAGACUGAGCUCUGCACAGUUAUAAAAAUUGAUUGUACAGUUUGCAGUUGUUUGAAGGCUUUGGGCCACCUCCUGGUCUUUGAAGUUUAAAACAGCACUUGUUUUCACAUUUGAUUUACAAAUAUUGUUCUGUUUGUUUGUUUGUUUUUCUUGUACAGGAACUAUUUUCAGAAUUUGUAACCACGUGGUUGUGUUGUUUUGGGUUUGUUUUUUUUCAAAUGCACUCUAAGCCUUUAAUUUACCAUUUAGGUACAGAUGACCUAAAGUAAGGAAAAGUAAAUAUGCCAUGUGAAAUGCAGCAAGUAUCAGUUUCGGCAGUAGGUGAUAUUUCUUGCAUUUCAUUUGUUGAUUCCUUUUAAAUAGUUGACAUUACUUAAUGUGGGUAUAGCCUUGUUGGUUCCCCACCCUCUCAAUUAGAUCUCAGAAAUUAUUUGAAAGGUUGUCCCAUAAAACAUAGUGAUGGUGGUUUCUUCCCUUUUUUGUUUGCUGUUCACUGCCCUCCUGUGCCUUUGGGAAUUUUAUUUAAUUAUUAUUUUUUUUGCUAGACUGGUGUUUAUGAAACAGACUUUGGAUUCAAGGUUUCAUAGUUUCUUAAAGGCUAUUUACUUUACCACUGUUUGUGUAAAUAACAUGUAACAAGGGUUCUGUACAUCUCUAAGUUUUAAUUAUUGUUACUUCAAGGGUAUCCUCCACAUCACAAAAAAUUUCGCCGGUCUUCAAGUAUUGUAAACAGUGCCUUCUUGCUGGGUUUCUUGCUGUUCUGAGAUAUGUAUGGAAGAUUAGUCGAGUUUGUGCCAUAUGUAACAUCUGACCUUUUGUGAGGGCUUCUGUGUUGGAAAACUAACUUUCCUGCUUAGUUGGAUUCUGGGGAAAAAAAACAAUCACAAAACACCCCCCACUGUUAAAACACAUUAAAUUAUUUUCUCUUCUGGCUGGUGAGCCGCGAGUGGAGGUUUGUGGCGUUUGAUCCGGUGGAGCAGCACUCCCCUGUGCUGUUCCAGGAACAGAUACCCUGUCUCUCAGCUCUUACUUUAGUAUUUUUAUUUCGGCUUUUUACCCUGGGGGGCAGCCCGGCCUUCUCCUUCCACCAAGCGGGAAAAUUAGUCUCCCCCGACACGCAGCCCGCCCUGUAUCUGCUCGGUGGCCGCCGCCCUUCCCCCGUCGCGUACCGGGUCUGAGCUGUUACCGGGCCGCCGCCGCGCCCAAUAAAGACAUGUCGCACCCCA